CUAACAAACAAAUAUAAUCGUAUUUGAUCGAGGCCACAAUAUCAGUUAUGCGAACUAUUGAAUUUCAUACCUGACCAGAUACCUGUCUUUUUUUCACUGAUGUCUGGAGCACAUAAGCACGAUCUUAUUACUGAAGACUUGUGGUCUGCAGUCGCAUCUCGAAUCUCGUUACAUGAAGAUGGAUCGAUGGAUGGGAAAAGUAGCUGUGGUUACCGGAGCCAGCGCCGGAAUUGGUGCAGCGAUUGUUCGAAGUCUCGUUAAACAAGGUAUGAUAGUGGUGGGCUUUGCGAGGAGAGUGGAGAAAAUUAAGGAAAUCGCUGACAACUUGGAAGAUUCCCCGGGAAAACUCUAUCCCGUAGAAUGCGACAUCACUAAUGAGAAAAACGUAAUGUCAGCUUUCGCAUGGGUGAAGGAUCAUCUUGGCCCGCUAAGCGUUCUCGUAAAUAGCGCCGGUAUCAUUAAGGAAUCAUCUCUCAUAGACGGCACCUUAGAAGAAUGGCAAUCUGUAUUCGACGUGAAUGUUUUGGGACUCUGUCUCUGUACGCGCGAGGCCGUUCGUACGAUGCGUGAAACGACUGCCGAGGAUGCCGUGGUGAUCCACGUGAACAGUUUGGCCGCUGAGAGGAUACCCUUCGUACCAGGAUUCAGUGUGUAUCCGGGGUCGAAGCGCGCUGUCACCGGCCUCGCCCAGACUUUACGACACGAGCUUGCAGGCACGCAUAUACGAGUCACGAGCAUCAGCCCCGGUUUAGUCGCGACCGAUUUCAUGGCUUCUUACAGCAUGUUCUCACCAGAAGCACUAGCGGUGAUGCCGACUUUGGAUCCGGAUGAUGUUGCGGCAGCGGUGAUUUACGUGCUAUCCAAUCCUCCUCACGUUCUGAUACAAGAUAUCGUGUUGAGACCUUUGGGCGAAUCAUGGUAAUCAAUUUUCAAGUCAAUUAUAUAUACAAUGAAUUAUAUAUGAAAUAUUAAUUAUAAUCUAACAAUUUUAUUUGCUUUUUAUGGUAGAAUAGUGUUAAUAAAGAAAAGUGGAUUUACA